AUGGCGUGCUGCCAGGCCCUGGUCGUCGUCCUGGCGCUAGCACCAGCUGAGGCGGCUAGAGACAUACCUGCGGCCACGACAACGAUGACCGCCGGGAACAGUAAGAGGAAGAGCGCCGUUGCCGCAGGAGUAGUGGGCGCCCACGACCAGAAGACCUUCCUGGGCAGCGGCCUGGGAGGAGGGUCGUACGGCGCAGGCAUCGGAGGCUUCGCUGGCGUCGGGAGCUUCGGCGGAGCUGUGGGGGGCAUCGGCAGCGCGCUCGGAGGCGUCGGUGGGCUCGGAGGUGUUGGUGGUCUUGGUGGAGCUGGCGGUGGACUCGGUGGAGGCGGCCUCGGUGGUCUCGGUGGUGGUGGCAUUGGCGGGCUAGGUGGUGGCGGGCUAGGUGCAGGCGGCCUCGGCGGGCUUGGUGGUGGCGGUGCCGGUGGCCUGGGCGGUGGUGGCGGCAGCGGCAGCGGCGGCGACGGCGGCGGUUAUCAUGGUGGCGGUGGCUGCAUUCAUCCGUGA